AUGGGCUGGAAUUUUAGAACUUACAGCCUUGUGCUGCUGGCAUUAUCCCUUUCGCCAGCAUCCCUUGCCAAUCCUAUCCACACCGCCAGUCUAGUAGUCGACCUGGGAUACGCGAAAUAUCGAGGAGCCUACGAUGGCGCCUAUGAUAUCAAUAUAUUCAAAGGAAUUCGAUAUGCCGCCCCGCCAGUAGGGAAGCUACGUUGGCAAGCUCCCCAACCGCCAUCAGUGAACAGGACAGCCGUCAUAUCGGCUACAAAGCAACCACCUCUUUGUCCUCAGUCGGGAGCAGCAGAACUACCAGCAGUAUAUGGCUUCAAUUCAGCGCUGGGAGAUGAGGACUGUCUUUUCCUGAAUGUGUUCGCUCCCGCCGGGGCCGAAGAUCUUCCUAUUCUCGUAUGGAUCCAUGGCGGCGGUUACGGGCUUUUCGGCGCUACCUAUGAUCCUAGCGACUGGAUGAAGACAAAUGAGAAUGGCUUCAUCUCCGUCAUGAUUCAAUACCGACUGGGAGCCUUUGGUUUCUUGUCAUCCGAUGCCGUACAUAGAUAUGGCAAGGCCAAUGCUGGUCUCCUGGAUAUGCGGUUUGCCCUAGAAUGGGUGCAGCAGCAUAUAGCCAAGUUUGGCGGAGAUCCGUCCCGCGUGACCAUCGGAGGCGAGUCUUCGGGCGCUGGAGCUGCGAUGCUGCAGGCUAUGGCAUAUGGAGGGAGAGAAAAUGGGCUGUUUAACAAUAUCAUUGCUGCGAGCCCGUAUACUGCGACGCAGUUCGAGUAUAACGACGACAUACCGACGAUCCACUAUCACGACUUCGCAGCACGAGUUGGGUGUUAUGAAGACAUGAGCUCAAGUGAGCAUUCAAUAUUUGAAUGCUUGGUGCGCGCAAACACAGAGGAACUCCAAUAUGCCAGCGCUAAUAUUUCCACAUCUGGUGCAUGGGGUACCUGGGCCUUCUUACCUGUCAUAGAUGGAGAGUUCGUUCAGGACCUCCCAUCAAGACAACUGCUAGAGAAGAGGGUAAGUGGCAAGCGUAUGCUGUCUGGUAAUAACGCCAAUGAUGGUGUCCCUCUCAGUCCUCCAACCUUGAACAGCACGGCGGCGUUUAUGCAAUACCUCAAAUCGGCAUUCCCCCGAUUGACACCUACAGUACCCUCAUCAUCUCCGGAAUCAACCAGUCCUCUCUACGACACACUCGGCAACCGUGCACCGACAGCCCUCAAUCAAUCUGAAUUCGCAACAGGCCUCCAGCAAACCGCCUUCAACAUCUUCGCCGAGACAGCUUUCGACUGCCCCUCAUAUUGGCUAGCAGAUGCCUUCUCUCCCGGAGCUAGUGAAGAGCCCAUGAAAGGGAAGGGAAGCUGGAAGUAUCAGUAUUCAGUGACACCAGCAUACCACGGCGCAGACCUAACGGCCUAUUUCUCCGUGGGGGCCUCUGUGCCAAACGCUGGAUAUAGAGAUGCCUUUCAACGCAUACUGGGGAGCUUUAUUAUCAACGAUUCACCAAUUAUAUCUGUCAGCGAUGCCAAAGGUGGAAUGGCUAAUGCUACCGUUCCCGAAGGUAGGAAUGGCGAUAUCGAUUGGCCACAGUGGAAGGAGGACUCGCCUAUGCUGAUGGAUUUGAAUACGACGGGUGGAACUUUGGUUCGGCAGAUAGUGACCGAUCAUCUGGCAUACUGGCUUAGGGAAGGCUCAGGAAUUAUCAAUGAGUUCAGGCUGGUGGAUGCUAGAGCGUGGGAAGGUGGUCGUGGGGAGAGGUGUGAAUUUUGGCAGAAAGUGGGAUCGCGAGUGCCACAGUAG